UACCUCCCAACAACUCCGCCAUGUACCUCCGCAUCGCCACACUUCUCUUUGCCCUGCACUGCCUGCUGACUGGGUGCAAUGCAAACGAUUGUCGAAGAAUGCCUGGUGCAUUGAUGCAGAUUGAUGCAUAUGAUGGAAAGGUAGUUGGGGCGGCCCUUGAUAACACCAUCUGGAAACUGGAGGGAUCAUCAUGGACUCGUCUCCCAGGCAGACUGAAGCAUAUCAGUGUGGGCCCAGCAGGGCUCUGGGGAGUCAACAGUGGCAAAAGAAUCUACAAAUGGGGUUCAACGAACUGGGUGCAAGUAUCUGGGGCCUUAGAGCAGAUUGAUGCUGGUGGAGACGGGUUUGUGUCAGGAGCCAAUCAUCAUGAUACCCCCUACUGUGGUGUUACAAAGCCCAACCGUGUAAACUGGGUCCGCCUUGAUGGCAAAUUAAAGUACUACAGCUGUGGCCCUUAUAGCUGCUGGGGUGUUAACAAACAGGACAGAAUCUAUGUGAGGAAGGGGGUGACAUCAACUCUUUGCCAGGGAGAUGGCUGGCAGCACAUUGAAGGAUCCUUGUCUAUGAUUGAGGUGGCAGAUGAUGGGUCUGUCUAUGGAGUGAAUUCUGUAGGAAAUGUGUACCGCAGGGAUUCCACAUCUAACUGUACUCCCGAGGGUACAGGCUGGACCAAGAUUCCGAUCUUCGAAGGAAAUGUGAAGCAUGUGUCCUACGAUAGCGGUCAUCUCUGGAUCAUCCUGAAGAAUGACGCCAUCUACGACUGCCCAGUCUGAGCACUGCUCUUCCACAGAGACAGCCCUGCUGCGUGAACCCUGUACUCUACCUUCAUUACUUCACCACUGCAGCCCUUAACUAGUCAUGGCUGCUUCUGAUCUUUAAACAUAUACUCAAGUCAAGUCAAGUCAAGUUCAUUUAUAGCACAUAUCAUACACAGAGGUCAUUCAGUGUGCUUUACAUAAACAAAAAACAAACAGUAAUAGCAGACAAAAGCAUAGAUGGGCAAAGCGUAAUAGUAAUAAUAAUAAUAAUAAUAUAUAUUUUUAAAAAUCAUAAGGAACAUAAGGAAUGAGGAAUAAUUAACAAGAAAACAUGACAUAAGGUAGAAUGUUUCAUAUACAGAUACAGGUCUGUUCUUAACAGACUCUGCCAGAGUCCAGUUUAGCAAACCAGUGAUAGUGAUCCUUCUCAAACACCCAGAGCUGUUGCCACUCUUUGGAGAUUUGUUGAUGCUUUGUUGUGAUACUCAUGCUGUUUUUCUGUCAAAUUAUUCAGUUUGGUUGAUUUGUAAAAGCACAUAUUGUGUAGAUUGAGUCUUUAGAAUGCUCUGAAGUGGUGCUGCCUUUGCUUGACAGUUUGUUCAGGUUGUCUUUUCCUGCCAUCUUUAAAAUAAUCAUAGUGAUGAAUACUAUCUGCCCUCUUGUGAUGUGGGUGAUCAAUAAAGCAUAUCAUACUAAAGAUGA